AUGUCAGACAGGGAUCUCUUCUAUCUUGACCUUAGUGCGGGCGCCGCAGUGGACGAAGAAAUCGACCUCUACGAGAUCCUUGAGAUCGAAAAGGGCGCAACCAAGGUCGAGAUCAAAAAGGCCUAUCACAAAGCUGCACUCGCACAUCAUCCCGACAAGGUCGCAGAGGAAGAUCGUGCAGAAGCCGAGGUCCGCUUCAAGGCUGCAAAGCAAGCCUACGAGAUUCUCUCCGAUGAUGACAAACGCCAACUGUACGACACCCACGGCAUGGCGGCCUUUGACCCGUCCAAGGGAGGAAUGGGCGGCGAGGGCCCAGACAUUGACGACAUCUUUGCGCAAAUGUUUGGUGGCAUGGGCGGCUUCGGAGGCAUGCCCGGAAUGGGUGGCAUGGGUGGUAUGGGAGGAAUGCCUGGCGGGCGCCACGUACCUCGCAAGGGACGGUCGGUAGAGCAAGAGUACGAGGUUUCACUGGAAGAAUUAUACAAGGGCAAGACGACCAAGUUCACAAACACCAAGAACAUUGUCUGCAACCUGUGCAAAGGCAGUGGCGGCAAACAGGGUGCCAAGAGCAACUCUUGUGCUGUGUGUAACGGAAGGGGUGCCAAACAGGUACUCCGCCAAGUCGGUCCUGGUCUAGUCACUCAAGAGACAGUCCCUUGCGGCAACUGUCAAGGUUCUGGUCAAGUCAUUCCCGAGAAGCAGCGCUGCAAGAAGUGCAAAGGCAACAAGGUCGUCGAGACCAAGAACGUUCUUGAACUUUAUAUUCCUCGUGGUGCCCGAGAAGGCGAGAGGAUCGUGCUAGCAGGAGAGGCGGAUCAACUGCCUGACCAGGAGCCCGGCGACAUCAUCUUCACCCUUUCCGAGACACCUCACGACGUUUUUGAGCGUGCUGGUGCCGAUCUCCGGUGCGAACUCAAGGUCACUUUGGCCGAAGCUCUUACAGGCUUUAACAGAGUUGUUGUCACCCACCUCGACGGAAGGGGUAUCAAGAUGAAUGUCCAACAGCCAAACGGCAACGUUCUCCGACCAGGACAAGUUCUCAAGAUUGAGGGCGAGGGCAUGCCGAAUAAGAAGAGCGACACUAGGGGUGACCUAUACCUUGUAGUGGAUGUCGAGUUCCCUCAAGAUGGAUGGUUGAAGAGCGAAGCCGCCGUGCAAAAGGUCCGCGAUGCUCUGCCUAAGGAUGAGAAGCCCGAGGAAAAGCAUGAAGACGUUGAGGAAGUCGAGGUCGAGUGGGAUGCUGACAUGGAAGAGUUUGGAGCUGGCAGUGGUGACCCACGAGCCGGUGGUGCCGAGUGGGAAGAUGAUGAGGAGGGCGAGGGCGGUCCUCAGUGCGCGACUCAGUAA